CCAACAACACCGUCACCUGGAUCAACGGUUCCAUAGUGGAACUGGCAGACAACUCCACCGUGUACUGCGGAGUAGACAUGGAGGCCGAGAUGACCACAUUUGCCUAUUACUUUGUUGGAAUCGGAAUUGCUGUGAUGCUCGUUAGUUAUUUUCAAAUUGCCCUUUGGGUGACAGCUGCAGCCCGUCAGAUCCAGACCAUCAGGAAGACUUUCUUCCGGAAAGUAAUGUGCAUGGAGAUCGGCUGGUUUGACUGCAAUUCUGUGGGAGAAUUGAACACAAGAAUAUCAGAUGACAUCAACAAGAUUAACAACGCUAUUGCAGACCAGGUGUCCAUCUUCAUCGAACGGAUUUCCACCUUCAUCUUCGGCUUCCUGGUGGGGUUCCUUGGAGGCUGGAAGCUGACCCUGGUGGUCAUUGCAGCAAGCCCUUUGAUAGGCCUUGCAGCUGGAUUAAUGGCCAUGGCGGUGGCCAAGCUGACCGGUCGGGAGCUGUUAGCCUACGCCAAGGCGGGGGCGGUGGCGGACGAGGUGCUGUCCUCCAUCAGAACCGUGGUUGCUUUUGGAGGCGAGCAGAAAGAGGUCGAAAGGUAUGACAACAACUUGGUUGUGGCUCAGAACUGGGGUGUUAAAAAAGGAACCAUCAUUGGUCUGUUCCAAGGUUACCUCUGGUGCAUCAUUUUCCUGUGCUAUGCCUUGGCAUUUUGGUAUGGCUCAAAGCUGGUCAUUGACACCAAGGAGCUCUCUCCUGGGGGCCUAAUUCAGGUUUUCUUCGGUGUUCUCAUGGCUGCCAUGAACCUGGGCCAGGCCUCGCCCUGUCUAGAGGCUUUUGCCUCAGGCCGAGCUGCUGCAAAGAGCAUCUUCGACACUAUUGACAGGGAACCAGAAAUUAACUGUUUCUCUGAAGAUGGGCACAAAUUAGAGAAGGUCAAAGGUGACAUAGAAUUUCACAGUGUCACAUUUAACUAUCCGUCACGACCAGAAAUCAAGACAUUAGAUGAUUUGAACCUGCUGGUCAAAGCAGGAGAAACCACAGCUUUUUUUGGACCAAGCGGAUCCGGAAAGAGCACUGUCAUCCAGCUCAUCCAGAGAUUCUACAACCCAGAGGAAGGCAUGGUGACCCUAGAUGGUCAUGAUAUCCGGGGACUGAACAUCCAGUGGCUCCGCUCUCUGAUUGGAAUCGUGGAGCAGGAGCCUGUGCUGUUCGCCACCACCAUUGCUGAGAACAUCCGCUUUGGCAGGCCGGGCGUAUCCAUGGAGGACAUUGUGAAGGCAACAAAGGAGGCCAACGCCUACAACUUCAUCAUGGACUUGCCCCAGAAAUUUGAGACCCUUGUGGGAGAAGGAGGGGGUCAGAUGAGCGGAGGGCAGAAGCAGAGGAUAGCCAUCGCUCGAGCCCUGGUCAGGAACCCCAGGAUAUUGCUGCUGGACAUGGCCACCUCUGCCUUGGACAACGAGAGUGAGGCUGUGGUACAGGAGGCGCUAGAUAAGGCUCGCUUGGGUCGAACAACCAUCUCCAUCACCCACCGCCUAUCCACCAUCCACAAUGCAGAUGUCAUCAUUGGCUUUGAGCAUGGCAGGGCAGUUGAGAGAGGCUCUCACAGUGAGCUACUGGUCAGGAAGGGCGUGUACUUCACCUUAGUCACACUGCAGAACCAAGGUCAUGACGCAUCCAAAGACAGGACAAAGCAGACUCCUGAUAGCGAAACUGUUGAAGAACCAGGCAUUGAGAGAAUGGGCAGUUUCAGAAAUGUGAAUUAUGGACCGGAACGCAGGUCUCUGCGUCUGAGAUCCCACUCCCAGCUGUCCCAGAGUUACCCUCCCGAUGCUAUAUCUGGAAGCGUCCAAAUUGAUUCUCAUAGCUUCAGUCAAAAUAUGGAUACCGAGAGAGAAAAACAGAAGAUAGUGGAAGAUGAAGGGGAAGAACACAUCGAGUCGGCACCAGUGGCACGGAUUCUGAGGUACAACAGGUCCGAAUGGCCCUACAUGCUGCUGGGUUCUAUAGGCGCUGGAAUAAACGGAGCGGUCAAUCCCAUCUACGCCAUAUUAUUCAGUCAGAUCCUUGGGACAUUUUCCAUCCAGGAUCUUAAUGAGCAAAGGAAUCAGAUUGAUGGAAUAUGUGUGCUGUUUGUCCUCAUUGCCAUCGUGAGCUUCUUCUCUCAGUUUCUACAGGGUUAUGCUUUUGGGAUGUCAGGGGAGCUGUUGACAAGGAAACUGAGGAAACUCGGAUUCCAGGCCAUGCUGAGGCAGGAGGUUGGGUGGUUUGACGACCCCAUGAACAGCCCUGGAGCUCUCACUACCAGGCUGGCCACGGAUGCAUCCAUGGUCCAAGGAGCGACAGGGUCACAGAUCGGAAUGAUUGUCAACUCCUUGACCAGUAUUGGAGCAUCUUUUAUCAUAGCGUUCUACUUUAGCUGGAAGCUAACCCUAGUGGUCAGUUGCUUUCUGCCACUAAUUGGAUUGUCAGGGGUGUUCCAGGCCAAAAUGCUGACAGGUUUUGCAAAUGAAGAUAAGAAGGCCAUGGAGGCAGCAGGUCAGGUUUCCAGUGAAGCUCUGGCCAACAUUAGGACCAUUGCUGGGUUAGCCAAGGAGAAAACAUUUGUGGAUCUAUACGAGCAGCAACUGGAGGCUCCAUAUAGAGUGAUCUCUGCCAUUGUAAUCAGUGGCACAGCCCUGGGACGAGCCUCCUCCUUCACCCCAGAUUAUGCCAAGGCCAAGAUAGCGGCAACACAGCUCUUUAAACUUCUGGACAGAGGCCCUAAAAUCAGCAUGAACCAGACUGAGGGAGAGACAUGGGAUACAUUCAAGGGAAAGGUCGAGUUCAUUGACUGCAAGUUCACGUACCCGACUCGCCCGGACAUCCAGGUGCUGAACGGUCUGACGGUGUCGGUGAAGCCUGGCCAAACUCUGGCCUUUGUGGGCAGCAGCGGCUGUGGAAAAAGCACCAGUGUCCAGCUGCUGGAGAGGUUCUACGACCCUGACCAUGGCACUGUGCUCAUAGAUGGCCAUAGCUCUUUACGUGUCAAUGUGCCCUUCCUGAGGUCACAGAUUGGCAUUGUCUCCCAAGAGCCGGUGCUCUUUGACUGCAGUAUCGCUGAGAAUAUCCAGUACGGAGACAACACACGAACCGUCAGCAUGGAGGAAACCAUCGAGGCAGCAAAGAAAGCUUACCUGCAUGAUUUUGUGAUGAGUUUACCAAAUAAAUAUGAGACUCAGGUCGGAGCUCAGGGUUCGCAGCUGUCACGGGGGCAGAAGCAGAGGAUAGCCAUCGCUCGCGCCAUCGUCAGGAACCCCAAAAUUCUGCUGCUGGACGAAGCCACCUCGGCGCUGGACACAGAGAGCGAGAAGACGGUGCAAGCCGCCCUUGAUGAGGCCAGGCAGGGCCGCACAUGCAUUGUCAUAGCCCACAGACUGUCCACCAUCCAGACGGCAGACAUCAUAGCUGUCAUGUCGCAGGGAGCCAUCAUCGAACAAGGGAUGCACGAAGAACUCAUGGCCAAGAAGGGCGCCUACUACAAGCUGGUUACAACAGGGGCACCCAUCAGUUAGACAGAGAUAAAUGUAAUGAAUUUAUGAAAUGUCUGGAUUGGUUUGCAUAGUAUAAGCACUGAAAAUACUGUUUUUACUUUUACUCAAUCAAUCAAUCAAUCAAAUUUUAUUUGUAUAGCAUAUUUUACAGCAGUUGUCACAAUACGCUUUAUAGACAUCCCUGGCCUAAACCCCCACAGGAGCAAGCCUAAGGCAACAGUGGCAAGGAAAAACUCCCUGUGGCAGAUGACUCCCUGUGGCAGAUGGUUUUGGCUUUUACUCGUUAUGAACAUGCAAGAUGUAAGUGUAAAUAACUCAGCUUUUUAUGAUUCUGGAAAGUUUAUCACUAAUUUCCGUCACUAAUUUAGCAAAGCUAACAUUGCUUCCACCUGCAGCCAUUCAUAGAGGCAGCACAGUUAGCAUGCAGCCCAUAAAUAUUGUCUAACUACGUGUUAAAUAGCCAAAAUCAAAUUCCUCAAAAAGUUGGACUAUCCCUGUAAGGAAAUUAUUAAUGGGGAUAAUUUAAUGCCCCCUACAUAUUAGAGCAGACAUUUGCCCCUUGUUUACACCGAAAUUGACACUUAUGCUUUGAGUACACACUUAUUGAGCACCCAUUUUUCCUGGAACACUCAUAAACAGGAGAAAAACUUUCAUGCAAAGCAAGGAAGCUAGACGCACUCUGGCCAGCUCCCAGGGACAUUGCACUUUUGGUUUUGGUUCCUUAGUCCAGUAAUCUCAUUCACAAUAUAAGAUGUAUCCACCAUAAAUGGCCCUCAAUUAUGAUAUCAUCAUUUUUUAAAAAGUGAAACAAAGAAAAAACAUUUGUUUGGAACACGCCUAUGGUGUGUCCCUAUGGUAUUUGUAAUUAAAAACU